AUGCUGGCCUCUGCCCCAGCUCUCUCGGGCGUCUUUGCAGCCCCCGCCAGGCUGUGCGGUGGCGAAGCCCCCUUUGAACGCCGGGUUGAUUUAACUCUGCACCUGUAUGAGCGGAUGAUUCAGGUCGCCAGAAACAGAGCCCUGAGUUUGGCAUUGGGGCCGGCUCCCCUGUCAGCCGUGAGUUCAUCUGAGCUUGGCUUGCAGGGUGUAGGCACCGUUCUGCACGGCACUUGUAGGUCUGCUGAGAGCAGCACUAAGGCUGGACGGGGACCACAGCUUUCCAUCGAUGGCCCCUUUCAGGGCUGGACCUGCCCCCAGGGACGUGGGCCCAAGGGCUGCCCUGCCCACGUCUAGGAGGGGAGAGGAGUUGGGUGAUUUGAUGCCAAGAGUGGCAAGGGACGAAAGGUGCCCCCAGGUUAGGACUUGGCCACACUGGCUAGACAUGGCACGUCCAGAUCUCCUGACUUUCCUUGGGCUAUCUGGGGAGAGGAAGUGUGGACAAGUUGCCGAGGACAUAGUCACAGCCUCCCUGAAAUGCCAUGAAAGCCUAAGAAAUUGUCUGAAAUGAAGACACCCUCAACCGUAAGUACAACCAACACGCUAAUCUCCAGGAAAAUGAAAAGAAAAAAAGGCAUGUGGGGUCCGUGGAUAAGGCCUUUAAAGUGCGCUGUUGGAAGGUCUCAUGCCUCCUCCUUCUGGAUUGGACUGAAGGUUCCAGAAGGUUGCACUAGAUCUUUGGGUCCCCGUGGCCUCACUGAUUGCCCAACACCCAGUAAGUACUCAAUAAAUGUUUGCUCGGCUACAAGAGGGGCAAAGCUGUAGGAGUCUGAAGAAUAACUUGGCCCCUGGAAUAGACGCCCACGCGGAAAAGGGAAGGGCGGGAGGCCAGAGCAGGAGGCCAAUCGUGUCCGUGAA